AUGUUGAAGGGCCGAAACGCCAAGAGGGAGGUAGGUGUGCAAAUAAGUUUCACAAGUGGCAAUCUAUCGAGCAACAGUUUGCAGCGUUGCGGCGUGAGUGUGUCGGCGCUCCUCCCUGUUGCUCUUCUUCCCGCACCUGACCGCCACCAGGUGAAGGUCGACAGGCUUCCGGUGUCUGCGCUAGCGCCAGGGGCGAGGGUGCAGGGGCCAAUGACGGCAACGGCGAGCGGGGGUGAGCAGGAGGAGUCGCAGCAUGGGUGCGGCAGUGGUGAUUGGGACGCUUUGCGGAUGCGAGGAGGCAGCACACGGAGUGCAAUGAGCGAAAAGUGA